AUGACUCCCCUAAAAAUCUUCCAAUUUCUCUGCCUCGUUUUUGGAUUUGUCGACCUGACAAGAGCAGCUGACUGUACGACAUGCACGGCGAUGCCUGCUGGAAAUUGUGUGACAAAUCAGGAAAUGUGUGGUGGAGCUCCUUUCUAUUACGAAGAUCCACAAAUUACUUAUAGUACAAGUGGUGGCUGCCGGACUGUCACGCUGACUUGCCAGGGAUACGACAAUCUCUAUAUUGAUGGUGUCACCCCGGCUUUUCCAGAUGGGUCAGAUGGGGGAGUUUUGAUAAAUGCGGCAGAUAGCGCCGAUCCUUCCACACUUCUUGUGGUGAGCAGUACGUUGGCAUGCGAUGCAACUGGCACUUGGACCUUGGGCGGUCAACCAGUCGGCAACGAGUUUGAUUGUCAAGUGUGGACCCCGGUAAGCACCACAACAACUACGACCACUCCAACCACCACACCAACACCGCCAACUUGCACAACAUGCACGGCAUUGCCAGCCGGUGAUUGCGUGGCAAAUCAAAACGGUUGUAAUGGAGCCCCAUUCAACUAUAGGGAUCCAUUAAUCUCAUAUAGUACAAACAGUGCUGGAUGUCGGGUUGCCACAUUGACCUGCUUGGGAUACAACACGGUCCACAUGGAUGGAGUUACUCUUUCUGCUCCGGAUGGGUCGGACGGGGGAGUUUUGUUGGAUGAAAAGGAUGACAUCAACCCCACGUCACUGAUUGUGGUAACCGGUCAGGUGACGUGCGAUUCGAAUGGUGUCUGGAACUUUAAUGGCCAGCCAGUCGGAAACAACUUUGAUUGUCAAGUCUCGACCCCGAUCGCAUGUACA